AGCUUCUACAAUUAUAUUGGGGACAAAUUGAACAGAAUAGCCCUAUUGACCGGUCCCAGUGGGAUGACUUGUACUGUUCAACUGGCAAAGAUCAACGAUCGGUUAUGUUUCAAAGAUGGCUGGAGGACAUUCGCAGAAGAAAACUCUUUUAAAGAAGAGGAACUCCUCCUCUUUGCGUACGAUGGUGAAGUGAGUUUUUCAGUGGAGGUAUUUAGCAAUACUGCAUGUCAAAGAGGGGGUCUACAGGACAAAGUGAAUGAAGGAGGUUCGUGCAGCAACCGCAUGAUCAUCAACAUAACAACGGAAGAAGAAGAAGAAGAAGACAACGACGAAGAAGAAGAAGGAGAAGAAGAAGAAGAAGAUGAAGAAGACGAAGAAGAAGAAGGAGGAGAAGAAGAAGAAGACGAAGAAGAAGAAGGAGAAGAAGAAGAAGAAGAAGAAGAAGAAGAAGAAGAAGAAGAGUUAAGUGAUAUGUCUUGUGAAUCGAAGGAAGAUCAAUUUAGCAGCGAAGAGAUGCAUGGGGGAGAAACUAAAGGCAAGAAGCCAGAAAAUGCUGCCAGGAAGCAGAAAUAUACAAAGUACUUCAUAUCGAGGAGGAGGCCGGUGUCUCGUGAAGAGAAGAGGAAAGCAUUCAGGGCCGCGGCAUCCAUGGAGUCGCCUUUUCCAUCGUUCAUCGUCAUCAUGAAACCAACAUGCGUUUAUAAAGGAUUUUACGUGAACAUCCCAGUGGACUUUCUUAGAGCCCAUCACAUACUCGGCGAGACAAGGACUAUCAAGGUCCAAAAUGUGGAGGGCAGAGAAUGGCCCGUUAGGCUCUUGCGCAAGGGAGACAGAGGCGGGCUGGAAAGUGGCUGGUCAAACUUCGUCUAUGACAACAACCUGGAAGAAGGCGAUGUUUGCGCAUUCGAGCUCAUCAACAACAACAAGAAGAUGCUGAUCCUGAAGGUCCUCAUAUUCAGGGUGGUGGAGGAAACUACUCCUCUGAAACUUAGUAGGACAGGCAGAAGCUAGGCUCACUCUUGAGAAGCCAGACCAGAAACUGACUAUUAAACUUUUGUGAUUUUUGUUCUGGUUUCUUGAUGUGUGCGUUCUACACCAAAAGCGUUGCGUUGUCUUUGGCAUUCUGGCAGUUUGGUAGUCAUAUAGCAUGAGGACACUUUGAUAGAUCGGUCGACUCAUAUACUGUUUCUUAUACACAGAACUUCGUCUGAACACUCUCCUUGUUGUUUUUGCAACUAAGUAAUAGUUGAUAGAACUC